AUGACAACAUUACCACCAAUUCAACCACGUCCAAUUCUAUGUAAAACACCAACAACAAAUAAUAGUCAAUCAUCAUCAUCAUCAUCAGUUUUUCUUAUUCAUUCAUCAUCUACUCAACCUUCAAAUGUUAUCAAUACAAAUUUUUAUUCAACAAAUAAUGAUCAAACAAAUAAUAAUAAUAACAAUACAUCACAAAUUCUUCCUCCUCCUUCUUCUAUGCCUUCAACACCAUUAUCUUCCUAUGAAGAAUUUGUCAAACGUCUACGUGAAUUUCAUCGAUGUCGUCAAACAACAUUUCGUUAUUUACCAACAAUUGCUGGACAAGUUGUUGAUUUACAAGCAUUAUAUACAACAGUUGUUGGUCAUGGCGGUUGGGAUAAAGUAAAUGAUCGACAAUUAUGGUCAAUAGUUGCGAAUAAUUUUGGUAUUGAUUCAACAUGCCUUAAUGGUACACAAGCAUUAAAGAAUAUCUAUAUUAGAUAUUUAUAUGCAUUUGAGAAAAUUAGUAAUGGUGAAAGUAUUGAUUCACGUGAUGAUGAUGAUGAAGAUGCUAAACGACGUAAUGUAUCACACUUACAACGUGUACCACAAUCGUAUAAUCAAACUCAACAUAUUGUUUCCGAUUCCUUACGUGCUCAAUACGGACUUUUCCGUGAUUUUGUUAAUCGAAAUGAAUAUGAAAAAAUCGAAUUAGCAUUAUUAUGUGGUUUUCCAAAUGAAUUAACAUUUACAUUAAAUACACUUUUAUUAUUAUCAUCAACAACUAAUAAUUCUAUAACAUUUCAAUUAUAUAAAUGUCCACGUUUAUUAGAUAUUUUACUUCGUCAUAUUGGUUUAUUUUUAUCAAAUGAUCCAACAAUACAUGAUCAUCAUUUAAAAAGUUUAUAUGAUAAUAUAUGGUCAAAACAUAUCAAUUAUCAAAUGGAACAAUUUUGGUUGGAAUAUUGUUCAUCAGAUAUUCUUAAACAAUUAUUAAAUAUUGAAAAGAAAUCAAAUUUAAAAUCAUCUUUAUAUAAUAAUUUUAAUCUUAAUUCAAAUGAAAAUCAACAACAACAAGAACUUCGUAUUGAACAAAUUUUAAUGAUUAUACGAAAUUUUUCAUUUGAUCGUUCAAAUGCUAUUUAUUUACUUGAUACAAUACGUCCAUCAUCAUCAAUAACAUAUAUUUUUUUAUUAUUAAUAUCAUAUUGUGAAAAAAAAAUUGAAUUACAAAAAUAUGCAUAUGAUAUAUGGACAAAUUUAGCAUCAUAUAUGCAUUUACGUUCCGUAGGUAAUGAUGAAGGACAUUUUAUUCGACAAUUAUUAAGUUUUAUGUUAAAUGGUGAUGACGAUGAUAAACAACAAGAUCGUUUAAAAAUUAUUCGUGCGUUAGAAAUUAUUGCUAAUUUAGCUCAUGCUGGAAAUGAUAAUGAAAUAUAUUUAAUUGAUUUUAUUGACGUUAUUAUUCAAAGACUUAUUCAUGUAUCAGAUAUACUUAUAUUGGUACAUACAUUAGAAUGUUUAUAUCAAUUAUCAGAACUAGGUAAAUUUUUAUAUAUUAGAUUAACCCUACGUGGUUAUCGUGGAGUCCACGUGGAUCCAUUUCACAGUCUUUUAUUCGAUACUACAUCAAAAGCUCUCGCUUGGGACCAAUAUCGUUAUCUAGUCCUAUGUGAGCAAUCGUGCAAUGCGAUAUUAAAAGUGCAGUCAUCAACACCGAUAAUAACAACAUUAAUUGAUUUAUUGACAAUUGAAGCCAGAAGUUUUUCAUCUCAAACAAUAAAAACAAUAAAAAUUGUUGAAAUGUCAACAGGUCCAGUACUUCUUCCGUCUUAUCAUCAACCGCCUUCAAUACAACAGACAUUAAAUGCUCCACAAUCUGUUGUUGUAAUCUCAACAGGUCAACAACAACAACCGCAGCCGCAACUACAACAACAACAACAGACAUAUGCUAUUGAAAAUACAGAAAUAAAUAAAAGUUAUUAUAGUAAUAAUAAUAAACUUAUUAUACAGCAACAUUCAAAACCAAUAACAGUAGCGAAUGUUAUUACAUCAGGAAAUCUUUUAGCAGUUGCAACACCAUCUACACAAAAUCUAUCAACAACACCAAUCAUUGUUGCAAAUACAAAUGCACAAUCGAAUCAAAUUUUAGAUAAAAAACGAAAACAUGACUCUAUUUCGGAAACAAUUGCUGCUGUUGUUAAUGGUACAUCAUCAUCUCCCUCACCAUCAUCAACUCCACCACCGCCAAAACGUGCACGUCCUUCUCGUCCACGUACUACUCCAACAAAAAAUGCCGUUAUUAUCGCACCGACACCACCACCAGUAACACCAUCACGAAUUAUGCCAUCAUUAUCUAUUGAAGAUGAUACAAGUAGUAUGGAAAGUAAUAGUACAAGUAACAGUAUUCAUUCAACUAUGGCUGAUUUACUUGAUCGAUGUUCAUCACCACCACCACCACCAUCAUCAUUAAUAAAAAAUUCAUUCGAAGAUGAUAUUCGUUUGUGUCUAAACGAUCUAUGUCAUCGAGUUGCUUUAAGUCUAGAUGAAUCAUUACCAUCAACAUCAAUAAUCUAUAAUUCAAUUCCAUCACCGGUAUUUAAACGUAAAAUCGAUGAACAAUCAUUAUUAAAUAAACGAACAACAAAACCAAUUACUCCUGUUGAAGAACAAACACCAAAGAAAAAACGUAAUCGACCAUCAGCAAAAAAAUCUUUAAUAGAAGUUGCAACAUCAACACCUAAAAAAGAAGAACCAAUUGAACAUGAAAUACAAGAUAUUAAACCAAAUAUUUCAACAAUUAAUUCAUCGGAUUAUAUUUGUGAAUGGGAUAAUUGUCGAAAAUCUUUUCCAACAGCUCGUUCUGUUUUUCAUCAUGCAUGUUCAGCUCAUAUUAAAUAUUCACCUGAAUAUGUUUGUCUAUGGAAUGGAUGUGAUCGAAUUAAACGACAAAAAUGGGCAUUAAUUAGUCAUAUUCAAGAACGUCAUUGUUCGGAAAUUGCUUUUCGACAAGCUAAACAAAAACUAACUAAUCCCAUUCUUCCGACAAAUUCUAAUACCGCCACUAUAUCAACGACAAGUAAUGGUCCAACAGCAACCACAACAACAGCAACAGGUACAGUUGGAUAUGCACCUGAUGCUGCUUGGCUUGCUGUUCGACGUCACAUGCAAAUAAGUUCAUUUGAUGAUUUAUUAAUUAAAACUAAAGAAGGACCAUUAACAAAAAGUAUUCGACUUACAGCUGCACUUAUUUUACGUAAUAUUGCUCGACAUUCAUCGAUUGGAAAACAAAAUCUCCGUCAAUAUGAACAACAUCUUGCAAAUUUAGCUCUUGAAUCAUCUGAAGCAUCGACUAUACUUAGUUCCUGUUUAUUUGAACUUUAUAAUUGA